CGAUGGGUCUAAGCAUUGCAUCUGACAAAAGGGGAGCAGUCUCAUCAAAGGAGAACGACAUUUCGACACAGGCAAGGAAAAUACGAAUCCACAAGCUGAUGCAUCCUCGCUUUUAAUUGAAAUCCAGAUGUAGGUACUGUUCACAUGAACGAGGCUUUCUUGAUGCAUCGUGUUCAUCGGAUUUGAUGAAUUUGCGGUGGAGAUAUUUUUGUAACCCAUUUCUUUCCAUUCUUUCGUACUGAUUCUUGAUAAGAAGGGAGCAGAACCUGAACCUUAUAGGUUCAAAUCGCCUCGAGGCAAAAUAAAUCAAGAUACGAGGAAAGCGCUCCUUGUACGGUAGUGACGAGAUAAAAACGCUGAUCAUGGGAUAUGAUUUUUCCCGCGAGAAAUCCUUUUUAGCCAUUCAACAUUUUGCUAUCGAAACACCAACCUCCCCAUUCCCCUCUGUUCAAUUAUACUUUCAAUAUGAAACAUUCAACUGCUUUCUUGAUUUUAUCUGCUUUUCUGGUGCCUAUUGCGGCCCAUGACCACCACGAGGAUCAAAUGCCAUUGGACUAUGUGAAGUUCCCUUACCAAGCUAUUUAUCCAGGUGACGAUGAUGUAACUGCUGACUCAAUCUUCUCCGGAAUUACUACCUUCGCCAGACUCCCUUGGGUGCAAUGUCUAACCAAAGAUAAGGAUGAUCUUUUCGAUGUGGCAUUUCUCGGAGCGCCUUUCGAUACUGGAACUUCAUAUCGUCCCGGUGCUCGGUUUGGCCCUGCUGGCAUUCGUGCUGGCUCUCGCCGCUUGACGCUCUAUGGCGGCUACAAUGUUCCCCUCCAGGUCAACCCUUUCCUUUCUGGAUUAAAGGUCGUGGAUUGCGGCGACAUCCCCGUCACGCCUUAUGACAACAAAUAUGCUAUCAAACAAAUUGAAAAUGGGCACAAGCAACUUCUUCACCGCCCCGCAUUUUCUCCUCUUGGGAAUGACUCUUUGACGGGCCAGCCGCUUUUGCCUAUAUCCUUGGACGGGAAAAAUCAUCCCCGUAUCAUUACUCUCGGCGGUGAUCAUACGAUUGUUCUCCCCCUCCUGAGGUCUAUAUAUUCAGCAUAUGGAGCCAUAUCCGUGAUUCACUUCGAUUCGCACCUUGAUACUUGGAAGCCAUCCGUUUUUGGAGGUGCUCCAUCCGAGCAAGCGGCGAUUAAUCACGGCACUUACUUUUACUGGGCAAGCCAGGAGGGAUUGAUCCGAAACGGAAGUUCCAUUCACGGCGCCAUCAGGACAACGCUUUCUGGUCCGGCUGACUACACCAAUGACGAUGAAUCUGGUUUCCAGAGAAUUGAAGCACGAGAAAUUGACACAAUUGGAACGGAUGGAAUUAUCAAGAAGAUCCGCGAAACUGUCGGAACUAGACCAGUAUAUCUUUCAAUUGAUAUUGAUUCAAUUGAUCCCGCGUUUGCGCCAGCUACUGGAACCCCGGAAACUGGAGGCUGGUCAACCCGCGAGCUUCGCACCAUCUUAAGAGGCUUAGAUGGCCUCCACAUUGUCUCUGCUGAUAUUGUCGAGGUUGCUCCAGCAUACGAUACAAACGCCGAAUUGACCACCAUGGCGGCCGCGGACGUGCUUUUUGAAGUACUCAGCGUAAUGGCUAAGACUCCUUUAGGUAAAGUAAAGGAAAACUGAGAAACAUGUAAUCUCAGUACCAUAUGGAAAAGAUAGCUUGUCCGAUUUAUUGUUACAUCAAAGUUCUUUACCGAUGCCUAUGCAAAUAUUGUUUCCUCACUCAGAUCUGCAAUAUUACCUGUCUUCCAAAAUUAGAAA